CCGAGGGUCUGCAGCCCCCACCUCGACCGCGGACUCCGCAGUCUCCGGGCAAGGGAGCCGAGCCCCAGCGCCGCGCCCCGACCCCGCUGCACCGGCAUGUCCUCGACGGAGACCCCGAGUCGCCCGGCGGACAAGUCGCCGCGCCAGCAGGUGGACCGCUUGCUAGUGGGGCUGCGCUGGCGGCGGCUGGAGGAGCCGCUGGGCUUCAUCAAAGUUCUCCAGUGGCUUUUUGCUAUUUUCGCCUUCGGGUGCUGCGGCUCCUACAGCGGGGAGACGGGAGCAAUGGUUCGCUGCAACAACGAUGCCAAGGACGUGAGCUCCAUCAUUGUCUCAUUCGGCUAUCCCUUCAGGUUGAACCGGGUCCAGUAUGAGAUGCCCCUCUGUGAGGACAGUGACCCCAACUCCAAGACCAUGCACCUCAUGGGGGACUUCUCUGCCCCCGCCGAGUUCUUCGUGACCCUGGGCAUCUUUUCCUUCUUCUACACCAUGGCUGCACUAGUCUUCUACCUGCGAUUCCACAACCUCUACACGGAGAACAAGCGCUUCCCGCUGGUGGACUUCUGUGUGACUGUCUCCUUCACCUUCUUCUGGCUGGUGGCUGCAGCUGCGUGGGGCAAGGGCCUGACUGACGUCAAGGGGGCUACACAGCCAUCCAGCCUGACUGCAGCCAUGUCCGUGUGCCACGGAGAGAAUGUAGAGUGCAGUGCCGGGGCCACCCCCUCCAUGGGACUGGCCAACAUCUCUGUGCUCUUUGGCUUUAUCAACUUCUUCCUGUGGGCCGGGAACUGUUGGUUUGUGUUCAAGGAGACCCCGUGGCAUGGGCAGAACCAGGACCAGGGUCAGGGCCCCAGCCAGGAGAGCGCUGCUGAGCAGGGAGCUGUGGAGAAGCAGUAAGCAGCCCCACCUGGCUGCUCCCGAACGGGAUGGCACCUCUUCAACCACCUCCGGCUUCCAGGACCUCCCUCUUCUUCCUCCUCCAACUUCCCUCCCCCAUUAUUCUGGGCUUUGAGCUUUGAGACAUCGAUGGAUGGGCAGGCAUCAGCUGUCGGAAACCUGGGCAGCCCUCCCAGUGGCUUCCUCUCCCUCCUUGUGCUGUAGUCCCAGAUGGCAGGAGCUCAGUGCUUCUUGUUCACUGCCUGGACCCAGGCAUCUUUCUUGGGGCUGUACGGACCCUCACAGCCUCUGCUGCAGGCGAGGGUUGGGGGCAGGAGAUCCGAGUCCUUGGACUGAUUCCUAGUAGCCACUUCUAUCAACCCGUCCAGCUCAAUAAAAGUGGGGGGAGGGGAAAUUGGCUGGCAGCCUUCUCCUUGGUCCUUUGCAGGGAGGGCCCCCCAGUGGUUUAGUGACCCCUCUUCAAUAACUGCCCUCCAGGCCAUGUGUCUGCACUGAUCUCCAGACAGCCCAAGCUCAGUACGCUUCCCACUCCUCUGGCCUCUUCUUGCACACAGAGCCCACCAUGUGUGAACUGGGGAGGCCCACUAGCUUGGAAAACUGCCUUCAGAGAGUCCCGAUGAGGCUUAGACUCAGUGGGGAGUAGAAAAAUUGCAACUGAGCUGCAACUUCAAGAAACUAAAGUCAGGAAACUUGCUGGGAAUCAGUUUCUUCUGUUCCCUCAGUCCUCCCGCCCCUCCAUGCUGGGGCAGUUUCCACCAACACCCUGAACUCAUACUGGCCCUAAAAACUUUUUACCUUCUUCCCUUACCUCCUUCUUGGGCUUGAUCUCACACUUGGGACACAACUUGCAGGGUCUAGGCGCAUGUCCACCUCAGCCCUCCCCCGUCAAACACCUCUGCCCAUCUCACUUCCCCAGCCUCUUGGAUUUGAGGCAUUUAAGAGCCUUUUCCGAGUCUGUUCAGGCCUUCCUUUCAUUCCUGUGGGUCGAGACAGGGGCAUUGGAAGGGCCCAAAGGACCACCAUGAGGCUAAGUUGCCCCAAAGCCCCAGGACAUGGAUGGAUGGGCCCAUUUCUUCCUCACUCUCUGACCUUCCCCACCCUCACCCCAUUGCUCCUUCUCGGGCCCUUCUUUCAUACUUCUACUUCUCACCUUUACAAAAGGACAUGCCCUCUCCCUUUGCCCUCAUUCCUAGCCUGUUUCCUCAUUUGUCCCAGGCUCUAUCCUGCUCCCCGCUCCCCCCCAACCCCCAAUCCCAGUCCAGGGCAGGCCGAUGUUAUUGGUGCUUCUUCACUUCGGGACCCAGUUCCAUAUUUGUCUUUGGUGUGUCUCCUCUUCCUGACACCUCCUUCAGUCCCUUUCUGGACCCCAGAGCCUAAGAGUCAGUGCUGACUGGGUAAGGGCCAUCUGUCUCUUACUCAACUCAAAACACUCAUCUUCCCUGGCCAAAAGGCUGCCCAGGGAAGAAUGAAGAAGGUAGAAUCCAGCCAUUUUCCAAUCCACUGCCAUUUAGCCCACUUAUCAUCCCAAAGGUGAAUGUACCCUGUGCCAUUCUCCCCUCAGGACUGAGUCAACCCCUCCAACCUCCUCACUUCCCCAAACAUCAUUCAUAGUUAACACGUGCAUUACUCGGCCACCAGGAGUCAGGACCUUUGCCUUUGGGCCAGUCGUUUCUUCUUCGGGUCAGCUUCCCCUACUUGAUGAGGGAGUAUGAGAUUUACAUCCUCAAAUGCUCCAGGGUCCUUCAGUGAAAGAACUAGUGUUUUGUUUUGUUUUGGUUUAGAUUUUGGGGAAGGGAUUUGGAGAGGGAAGAGAGGAGAUGGGGAUGAGAAUGUUUGUUUUUAUGUCUGAACCUCUCUGUCCUGAGCUGUCCCCAUGGUUACUCAAGGACAAGGGGACAGUUUUGCCUACAGCUCCAGAGAUAGAGAACAAAGGGGUGACUUUCAUUUUUUUUUCAAGCUGGCCCCUGUGAGGGUCUGUGAGCAGCUUCUACUGGAACUUUGUUUGGAUUCUGUGUAUGUAUUUAUAAUUUAUUUGAAAUGUGAUGGAUAAAGUGUUCUCAUUUGGGUGCCGGAGUUAGCAACUGGCCCUUCACUAGGGAAAGGGGAGUGGGUAGGUAUGCACUCCUGCCAAGGACUCCUAGCCCAGAAUUUCCCCUAAAGCUAGAGAAGUCUCUUUCUUCUCAGGAGGCUGGCUUGUUCUCAGCCAAAAGAGCCUUGAUUUAGGCUGUGGCCUCUCUCUCCCUGGUCACCCUAAGAGGAAAGACUACUUCACCUCAUUACCUCCAGAGGGGGGGGGGCUAGGCCAAGCGCCCAAGGGCAGGGCUGUCCGCAUAGGAUCCAUGUCUCCUCCAACCAGGGCUGGCAUCACCUCUUUGCCUAGUGGCGCCAGAGGUAGAAGAAGGUGUCUGGUUUCUCCAGCUGCUGCAGGAGACCAACAAGCAGGGCACUUGCCCUUUGCCCUAGUAAACUUUGACCCUGCCAGGGUGCCCCCCAGGACCUUUUCUGAACAUGGGUUCUCUCCAUUAUCACGGUCAUAGGUCUCCUACUUCCGGUAUUGCAGAUCAGGGGUGGGGGGAGAAUGUUGCAUGUUGUUUUCUGGUGCUUGUUAUUACACAUUGGAAUAAACAGUGCUUCAAGCAUUUGCCAUGAAGGA